GUAUGUCUGUCUACCGAUGACAUUUUCAAUCUGUCAAAGUGAAUAAAAAAGUUAAAUGUAAUCAAACAUGGCGUGUUGAAUGAAGAUGGGGAAGCGUCUCGGAAAUGAUUUUGUUUAUUAGGUCACAAUUUAAAGUAUAAAUUGUCCAUAGAUUAUGUGGUCACUCACAGGAGGGCGGAAUAUCAAUGUCAACGUUCGGAAAAGGAGGUGCCGGUGCAAAGGCGCUCGGCGGUAGGCGAGUGUGCGGGUGAUAUGCAAGCGGCGCCGGCGCGCUACGUGUCUGUGAGUGAGCUAUAUUCAACUGACGAAGUGGAGUUGCUGCUAGACGAGAUACGCGAGCUGGAGCCCACGAGUUGUCGUGGCGAGGAGGUGCAGGAUUUCGAGAUAGCCGGGAGCGGGUGCGGCGCGGGCGGGUCGGGCGGGUCGGGCGGGCGGUCGCCGUGCGGCACGGAGGCCACGGAGCGGUCGUGGGACUCGCACGCGCAGUACCGCCGCGCGCAGCCGCCGCGCGCGCGCCCGCUCGCGCCGCUCUACUGCCGCGCGCGCCAUCUGUGCACGCCCAGGGGCGCCGCCGCGCUCGCGGUUACUAUCAUUGUUUAUUUACGAUUCAAACGUUUCAAUCAUUAUCAGGUUCAUGUUUCCUUUAAUAUUUUUAAUAUAAUGUCUAAUGUGGUAUGGCCGGACAGUCACACACGCAGUAUGCUGCUGCAAAAUGGUGGUGACAUGCCUGUUAAUAUGUCAGAAAUUUGUUGGCAUUUAUUGAUUUGCGACAAUAAAAUGGAAUAUAAAAUGCUCGUAGCCGAAUUUUUGAGUUGGUGUUAAAUGAUAUCAAAUGCAAUGUUGUAAUUUGUUGUUGCCCAUUGACUCCAGAAGACUUGCAUCAUGACUUCAUAGAAAUCGAUAUUCAUAUUAAUAGUUUCAUUAAAUUAAAGCCUGCGCCGACUCAAAGUUAUAAUUUCUCCAAAGCUGAUUAUUAUUCAAUUGAAUGCGAGCUUAGUAAACUGGAUGAGUUUUUCGACAACUCGAAUCUGCAAGAAUCUGU